CCAGCGCCCAAACUCAAUCACGACAAGUUUGCGAGUUUCUUCAACACGUUGCCUGCUGACUUGCACUCACACCCUUUGGCCACGCCCGCAUCUCUCUUUUCUUUUCUUUUUUCUCUGGCCCUCCCACAUACACGGACCCGAGCCCGCCCAUCCUCCGCUGCUCCCUAA